AUGGAGAGCUGCAUGUCCAUCUUCUGUCUCGCUGUCCUGCUUCUGCACUCAUCAGCCAGCGGUGAUGAUCUGAGGCUGGUGAAUGGAGGCAGUCCCUGUGCUGGGAGAGUGGAGAUUCUUCACGAGGGACAGUGGGGGACAGUUUGUGAUGAUAAGUGGGAUAUGAAUGAUGCUGGAGUUGUGUGUAAACAGCUGGGCUGCGGACCAGCUAUAUCAGCACCAGACAAGGCUCGGUUCGGAGCUGGUUCUGGUAAAAUCUGGCUGGAUGAUGUUUCCUGCAGCGGUUCUGAGUCAGCUCUGCGGGAGUGCGGAUCUGAAGGGUGGGGAGAGAGUGACUGUAGUCACGAUGAAGACGCUGGAGUGAUCUGUUCAGACCAUCGAGCGGUGCGUCUCAGUGGUGACAGCAACCUCUGCUUUGGGAGAGUUGAAGUACAGCAUGGGCAGACCUGGGGAACGGUCUGUGAUGCUGACUUUGACUGGCAGGAUGCAGAGGUUGUCUGUCAGGAGCUGAAGUGUGGAUUUCCUCAAGAGGUGCUGGGGGCUGCCCGUUUCAAGGAGGGGAAAGGUGACCUUUGGUCGGAGGAGAUCCAGUGCUUUGGAAACGAGUCCCGGCUCUAUGACUGCCGCACUGCAGCCACAAAGAAGCAGAGCUGCACACAUAGGAACGACGUGGGCCUUGUCUGUUUCGGGUACACUGGGUACAGGCUGGUGGGUGGCCCUGACUCCUGUUCUGGUCGAGUGGAGCUGCAGUACGAUGGUCAGUGGGGGACGGUCUGCGAUCGCUAUUGGGAUCUGCAGGACGCCACAGUUCUCUGCAAGCAGUUGAAUUGUGGGUACGCUGUAUCAGUCCCGGGACAGGCCUGGUUUGGUGAAGGCAGCGGUGAUGUACGGGCUGAUAUAUUCGACUGUGAUGGCAGUGAGACACACAUAUCAAAUUGCUCCAUCUCUGCAUGGGGACGAGGCACCUGCACUCAUAGGAACGAUGCAGGAGUUAAUUGUUCAGGCCCAUUGCUACCAGCACAACCAGAUCGAAUCAAGCCUCUGCCAAGUAACUGCAACACAGGUAAUGAAGGGACCUCGCUCUGCUCAGGUUAGUGCAAUUCAAACUCUAGUGUUAAUAAGUUAUUUCAAUGUGACUAAAGUGACAUUAAUGCCAUGGUUAGUCUGUGACAAGGAUUCUUAUCUGAAAAUCGGCAUGCAUUAUCAUAGGGUUAUUAUUUAUAAUAUUA